UACUUGGAAGCUAGGGGUGGGGUCUGUGGAGAGCGAGUGAGCCCCGCAGAUUAUAACUGAAGGAAAAGCACGGAGAUUAUUUCUGUGUGGGGGUCACACGUACGCGUCCUGCAACAAGGCACGGAGAGCCCAGGAGCGCCAGCCGACAAUCCGGUGCAGUCAGCUCGCCGCUCCCCAGCGCGGCUGACAUGUAGCGACCCGCCGUCCCAGUCGUACCCACAGGACACGUCGCCCUAAAACUUUGGACUUAGAUUUGGAUACACGCUUUGUUCCCCAUUUACGCCCGUCUUUCGGCCAGCUAGGUGCCGUAAUGCCUUUUGGAUGCCUUGCUGUGCGAGAUGGGCAGAUCUACAAUAGCCUGUCGGACAUCACAGACAAAUAUGAUUUCGGCCAGGUCCUGAAGGCCAAGGAGUUCUGCGAGCUGUGCCUUGUCAAGGAGCGUGAGACGGACAAAGUGUACGUGUGCAAGAAGUUCCUGAAGAAGGACGGCAAGAAAGUCCGCAGAGCUGCAAAGAACGAGAUCAUGAUCCUGAAAAUGAUUAAACACCCUAAUAUUCUGCAGCUGAUUGACACAUUUGAGACCCGGAAAGAAUAUUUCAUCAUUCAGGAACUGGCCACGGGAGGCGAUGUCUUUGACUGGAUUCUGGACCAGGGCAACUACACAGAGAGAGACGCCUCAAAUGUCAUCCGGCAGGUCCUGAAGGCUGUGGCUUACCUGCACUCCAUCAAUAUCGUCCACAGGAACUUAAAGCUGGAGAACCUGAUGUACUACACAGAGAACAACCACAAUAAAGUCGUAUUGCGGGAUUUCUACCUGUCAAAGUUUGAGAACGGAGCUAUCACUGAGCCAUGCGGCACACCGGAAUACUUAGCCCCUGAGGUUGUGGCCAGGCAUCGCUACGGCCGCCCCGUUGACUGCUGGGCCGUGGGGGUCAUCAUGUACAUGCUUCUGUCUGGGAAUCCACCAUUUUAUGAUGAAACAGAGGAGGAGAAUACGGAUAUUCAUAACCGCAUUAUCUUCCGCCGCAUCUUGUCUGGGGAGUUUGAGUUUGACUCCCCCUACUGGGAUGAUAUCUCUCCUGCAGCGAAAGAGUUAGUCUGCAGGCUGAUGGAGGUGGACCAGAUGCUGAGGAUCACAGCCCAAGAUGCUCUGUGGCACGAGUGGAUUGCUGGUAACGGGGCCUCUGAAAAGAACCUGAAAGACGGAGUAUGUGCGCAGUUUGAGAAGAAUUUUGCCAAGGCUAAGUGGAGGGAACUGAAGAAAGCAAUCCGAGUCACUACUUUCAUGCAGCGCCUUCGAGCCCCUGAGCUUGCUGGGGGUGCUGGGGAAGCAGGUCCUAAGAACGAAGGCCAGGUGACGGCCAAGGAGGAUGGGAACGUAGGUGUGACGAAUACCAAGUACACCAACCUGGAGGUGACGGCCGGAAAGAAGUCCAUGGAAGUGAAAGCGGAGGAGAAAGGGAAGGGAGAGGUUACCACAGCAGGAGAGGCAAACAGAAGCAAUGGGGCAGUUCAAGCCAGCUUUUUGGUGGGCGUGGCUCCCGCAUCCUCUGCAGAAGCUCUGAAUAAAGCAAGAACCUCCCCCAAACCAGCAGGGCACCAUCAAGACAGGGAAGGUGUGAGUAUGAGCAAAAGCGACAGCACGACGAAAAAUGCAGCCCUUUGGGGACAAAGCAGAAGCACACCAGAGAAGAAGGCCAUGCUGCUGGACCCUGACGCUGCCAAGUUAGCAGAGAGCAGAGGCACCAAAGUGAUCGUACUGGAGCAGGAGGACGGCAGCUCUGAAGAGAAGAAGCUUCCUUUCCCAGAGAUGGCCAGUCGCAGGAAGAUGGCGGCGGUGCUCUCACGCUCCCCCGAUGACGGAGGCAGGUCUGUUAUGCCAACAGCAGCUCCCCCUGCAGGUCAAGACAAGGCAGUGCGGCAUGAGGGGCUGAAAGGAGAGCGUGGGCAGGAUGUCGGCCCUGGAAGCUGGUGUCAAACCCAACUUCCAGAGGCUGUGGCAGAGAAGACGGCAGAAAGCCCUAAGGGAAGAGAUAAGACAAUGGAGGGAGUAGAAAAGAGCAGCUCAGAUUUUAGCAUCUCUAAGGUGAAACAGGCAGGUGUGGAUUUUGGACAAACUGAGUGUCCAGGUCUGUCAGGCAAAACCAGUGUUAAGGAAGAGAGGGAGGUAGGAGGAGGCUUGUCUGGGUAUGUGAGUCCCUACUGUCCUCCGUAUUCCUCAAGCGGGGGGGUAGUCUUCAGCGGUUUUGGAGCGGAGGGAAGCAGAAGCUCCGACUGGAUGAUGGACAGCGUGAUCGAGCAGAUCGAGAGGCAAAUGGCAGCUGUCCUGGAGAAGAUCGAAGGAGACAUGCCGUCUCUGCUGGAGCAGAUCAGCGACUGCCCGGAGCAGAAGGCGAAAAGUGCCCACUGCUCGCCCUCCCCUAGGCACCGUGCCCUCCCUCAGGCCACGCCCCCACCCCUGCCCACCAGCCCCCGCCCACCUCUUCCCUCCCUCCCACAUCUGAAUAUCCAGCCUCCAUCAUACCGCCCUCCACCCCCACCAGUUUUCCCCGUACGAUCCCCACUGGCCGCCCCAGAGCUGGGUGAGAGGAACAUGCAGCGAGCCGAAGGCAGGUCUGCUCAGUCUCCAAGGGGGGGUCAGGCAGCACGGGGGCUGUGAGGCCUCACAUGAGCAUGAAUUUCUCCAACACAAGCAUAGCAACACACAGGCACCAGCGGACACCCGCACGGCCAUUAUACACAUAAUGGAAGAACAGAGUGCAGCAUGAGGCGUAACUGACCAAUAAAAUCAAACUUAGCAAGCAUGUCUGGGGGCCUUCCCAUGGGUGACAGGCAGGGGUGUAUGCGGGGGCUCAUCCACUGAGGCACUGGUCCCAGCUGAAUGCCGAUUGGCCUUUAGUAUGGCCACACCCCUGUUACUCAUCGAUUCUAAACAUAUCAUUGGUUGGGCCUACUGUAUGAAUUAUGACCCCCACCAUAAAGAAUCCUAGACUCGCCCCUGGUACCAUGCCCAAUCCUUCCACCACCCCAGGAAAACACAGGCAGCUAGAGGCCCAUUUGCCCCCGAGUGAACUGAGGGGCUGUCAGCAAUGUGCUGCAUUCCACACUGGCCACCCAUAACCCUCUAAAAACCAGACAUGGCUACACUUCCCGGUUCUGAUCCUGCAGGAGCACUUUGUUUGCCUACUCAUUUCAUUGAGCUUUGUUCAGCUAAUUAUUGAAGACCAGAUCUCAUGAAAAUCGUUUUAGUCAUGGCAGACUGAUCUGUGUUUGAAGAGUACCUCUACAGGUCAAAAGGUAUCUUUUGAUUUAAAAAUUUUCAAAUCAUAUGAAACAGUUCGAUCAGUUUCGAUUAACCAGUGGUGCAUCAGGAAGAGACUGGAUCAGGUGUCCUUGUGUUAAUACAAUAAUAAUGGUACUGCUUUGUUGAUCUCAGUGCACUGAUAGAUCAGAACUGAGACACGAUGGUAAAUAAAUGGACCAAAUAGAGAUUGCAUUAAGUGAGCACCAAAGUGAGACAUGUGCACAUAUUUCCAGACCCACAUCUCAAACACAAAGACAUUUUGCAGGCUGAUGGUCCUUGUUGUGGUCCUGAUGGCUCUCUGUCCCUUUUGAUCAUGCAGGCUUGAAUCGUCCCUUGGCAUUGCCUGUACAGUCCUGUCUAGCUUUGUGGUUAGGUGGUGUCUCUCUGUAAUCAACUAGGACAGUGUUUCCAAAUCCGGUCCUCAGGGACCCAUAAACAGUCCACGUUUUUUCUCCCUCUCAGCUCCAGGAGCAAAAACGCCAGGGAGCUAAGAGGGAGCAAAAAUGUGGACUGUCUGGCAGGGAGCUUGGAGGGUCACCCUGGCUGUGGGACCGUAUUGAGAAACUCUGUUCUAGAAUAUCACAUUGAUUAGGUGCAUUUGGAGUUUAGCUAAGUAUAGUACAAGGUCUAAGGUUAAAGUCAGUGGUGUGGGGGGUAAAAUCAGCUUCAGUUUUUCCUCCUGAUUCUGUCAUGGUCCAAUCGCAGCAGCAUGAUCUUAGCUGGGUAGUGCCUGCAUGCCACAUUUAGAAGUUGAAAGAAGUAGAAUAAAGAACAAAUGGGGGAGGGGGGGUAUUUUGUGUAAUGGUACAGGGCUAUGGUAGAGCAGGCCCACAAAGAAGCUCACUACUUUAACUCUCGCUUUUCCCCUGCUUCCUUAAGGGCCAUUUGUUCACUUGUGUAUUCAGACUUGCUGCCAAGGAUCCAUUAGUUGGACUGUCUAGGCCCAUGCGCACGUGUAAGGAACAUGCACACACUUAUGUGCUAGCAGGUGUCAAAAUAUUAAGGAAGGGACUGUAUUCUCACCUGGAGUAACCGACUACUUUAAUCCCAUAUUUUCCAGCUCUUAUCUUUUCUACAAAAUCCCUCCCCUGUUUUUCAGAUGAAAUAUUCUGCCAGAUUGUUUGUGGAUUUGUCUUGUAUUUAACAUUAUAAUGAUACUGUGUUUUUGUUUAUGCCUUGGUGUCUUUCAUCUCUCUGUAUUUAUAAAUAUAUAUUUAAAAGAUAUUUAACCUACAGUGUUCUGAUGUUUAACUCUGUAUAAAUAUGAAGUCAUGAGACUGAG